AUGUCUUCGUUUAAGUCAGAGUACCCUUUCGAGAAGAGAAAGGCUGAAUCGGAGAGAAUCUGUUCUCAAUUUGAGAAUCGUGUUCCAGUUAUUUGUGAAAGGGCCGAGAAAUCAGAUAUCCCAGAGGUGGAUAGGCGUAAAUAUUUAGUGCCAGCCGACCUCACUGUGGGCCAGUUUGUGUAUGUUAUCAGGAGAAGGAUUAAGCUUCCUGCUGAGAAAGCUAUCUUUAUCUUUGUCAAUGACACUUUGCCACCUACAGCGGCGCUAAUGUUUGCAGUUUAUCAAGAACAUAAGGAUAAGGAUGGGUUUUUAUAUGUCAAAUAUUCAGGUGAGAAUACAUUUGGUGAUGAUUAA